AAAAAUUCUUUUUUAUUCUUUCUGCACUUUCAAAAUGUCUGUUUCUACCAAGCUCAAGAACAUUGUUCCUCUUCUCGAUCGCGUCUUAGUUCAACGUAUUAAGCCCGAACAGAAAACUUCUGCUGGUAUUUACAUCCCCGAGAAAGCUCAAGAAGCUCCUAACCAAGGAAAUGUCAUUGCUGUUGGUAAGGGUUUGUUGGAUAAGGAUGGUAAGCAUAUUCCCAACCAAGUCUCCGUUGGUGACAAGAUCAUCCUUCCUCCUUACGGUGGUAUCCCUGUCAAGGUCUCUCACGAGGAAUAUCUCUUAUUCCGUGAUUCUGAAAUUCUUGCCAAGGUCGUAGAAUAAAUCCAUCUUAUUGACAUUUUCGCAAAAUAUCAUCGUAAUAAACAAAAUAGAAUUUGGUCCUUAUGUUAUACUAAAGAAAGGGAUUGUCUUUAACUUGACAAUGCUAUUGUUCCCUUCAUACCUGAUCCCAAUAU